CAUUCCAUUUGGUUCAACCAAAUAUUAUUUACUUUGUGCUGCCGGUGGUGCAUUUAGCUGCGGUUGAUCCAAAACGUUAUCGUAAUAUAACCAAUGGUUUUAUGGUUUCAUAUGGUCAUGAAGGUGGCCUACGUGGACUGGUUCGUGGCUGGGCACCAACUGCAUUCGGUUAUUCAUUUCAAGGUCUUGGUAAAUUUGGUUUCUAUGAAUUAUUUAAAAAUGUUUAUUCCAAAGCAUUGGGACCAGAAUAUUCUUAUCAUUAUCGUACAUCACUAUAUCUGGCUGCAUCAGCUUCGGCUGAAUUUUUUGCUGACAUUGCAUUGGCUCCAUUUGAAGCAUGUAAAGUUCGUACACAAACAUCUAAAGAUUGUCCAUCCGAAUUUAGACGUGUUGCACCAUUAAUUUAUCGUCAAGAAGGAUUGGCCGGUUUUUAUAAAGGUCUUAUACCACUUUGGUUUCGUCAAAUACCAUAUACAAUGAUGAAAUUUGCCUGUUUUGAACGUACUAUUGAAUGGUUAUAUCGUUAUGCUGUGCCCAAACCACGUGAUCAAUGUAGUAAAUCUGAACAAUUAACAGUUACAUUUGUAGCUGGUUAUAUUGCCGGUAUAUUCUGUGCUAUUGUUUCACAUCCUGCUGAUACAGUUGUAUCGAAAUUAAAUCAAGAACGUGGAUCAACUUGGAUUAAUGUACUUGGUAAACUUGGACCAAUCGGUGUUUGGAAAGGUCUUAUGCCACGUAUUAUAAUGAUUGGUACAUUAACAGCUGCACAAUGGUUCAUUUAUGAUGGUUUUAAAGUUUGGCUAUCAUUACCACGACCACCACCACCAUCAUUGCCAUCGAAAAGUAUUGUCUUGCAUGACAAUAAUAACGAACGAAAAACAACGAUGACGACGACGACGACAGCGACAACAACAACAACAUUGAUAUUGGAAAGAACGAAUAAAAUACAUACUCAUCAUAUACUUGAACGAGAACAAAAAAUCGAUCCAUUCGAAAAAGUAAUCGAAUUCUUCUUAUCCAUCAUUUAUUUUGGAUCUUCAUUUAUUUCAUAUACUAUACUAUAAUAAUAAUAAUAUAACUAAUGG